UUCCUAUUAUUGCGUCACAGUACAACCGGCUUCAGCAAGCAAAAACAAGUUUAUAGAGUUUCAGUCUUAAUCACUUACAUUGUGGAAAGACUUCCCAGCGUUUUGGGGCCAUUUUUCAUUAAAAGGAACUUUCUUCAAUGAGCAGAGCUUACACUUUAUUCGGCCUUCGAGGGAGACUUGAGAAGUUUAUGGAGUACUUCUUGAAAGAUAGUGGAGAAUUUUGCCAAGCACAACACGAGUGAUUUGAAACACGAAAACCCAUUUUAAUUUAUUACGAAUGGGCUAAAAGAAAAUAUUUUUAAAAAGAGUGAAUUUAGAGUAUAGGGUGGUGUUGAGAUAUACGGAAAUUGAAUACAUAUCAGUAGAAAAUUUUAACGAUUUUUCACGGCAUGAAGACGCCAUCAGACAUUAAAGUUGCUGGAGGUGUUCCUGCUUCUCGGCGAAGUACGCCCAGCGUUCCUGCUGUUAUAGAAUACAAAAAGAUGAGGUUUUUGAUUAUGGAUAGGCCAACAAAUGCUAACCUUAAAACAUACAUUGAGGAGUUGAAAAGACGCGAUGUUCACGAUGUUGUCCGUGUUUGUGAACCAACUUACAACAUCGAACCAUUGAAAAAUGAAGGAAUCAACGUCUUGGACUGGGCAUUUGAUGAUGGAGCCCCUCCUCCGAAACAAGUUGUGGAAGAUUGGCUAAGUCUUAUAAAAGCAAGAUUUCAUGACAAGAUGGGAUCCUGUAUUGCCGUACAUUGUGUUGCUGGGUUGGGAAGAGCACCUGUCCUGGUAGCAAUAGCCUUAAUAGAAGCUGGCAUGAAGUAUGAAGAUGCCGUCGAUUUUAUUCGCAGGCAAAGACGUGGUGCAAUCAAUACAACACAGCUGGCAUAUUUAGAAAAAUACAAGCCAUCCAGAAAGCUAAAGGAACAUAAUGGUUGUUGUGUGCAGUGACUGAUGAAACUAGUUAACAAUUGUCUAGUAAAGAUUACUAUUUUAUAAUGAAUUAUUUUUUCAAAUAAGCUAAUACACAUUGUAAUUGAACAUAGGUAACUUAAGUCAAAUAUUGAGUGUUAAAUUAACAUCUACAAGUAUUGUUAUAACAUAUAGGUAUGUAGGUAACACAACUUGUAUUAGCAAUCUCAGUUUUAUUCAGACUAUAGAAUUAUUCAUAUGGUUGAACUGUAAUAGAAAGCUAAAUUAUAUCCAGUAAUAUCAUGCA